AGUGGAGGGAAUGGAACUUGCAACGCUUGCCUCCACAGUCUAAUCUAAUGCUCAUCGCGAGAAUCGUCCCCACGGGUCCGCGCGACUGUUGACAGCCACGGACAAACGGCGGCGACAACGACCAAGACGACGAACAGAGGUCGCGCAUCGUGUGCGUUCCCCGGCUGUCAGACGCCUGCGAGGCAGCUGCAUCCUGAAGCGGCGCUUCAUAUUGCCUUUUCAGUCAAGCACUGCAAGCAAGCAAGCACUGCACUGCAGGUCAGGCCAGCCAGGUCCUCACCUCAGGUACUGACUGUACUGUACUGUACUUCGUACCUUAGGUGGUGAGUGCUUUGUGGCCUGUUCUGUUCAGUGAGUGAGAGGUUGUGCGCCGCGGCUUGCUGGUGGUGCUUCUCUUCUCUUCUGCCUCUGCUCUCUCGCGCGCACACCCCCCCAGCCCCCAAGCUUCCCAACUCUGUCCGCAUCCUCCCACGCCGCCUUUCCUCUCCCCAUUUCCCUCUCGUUUUGCCAUCCCCAAACCAUCACCACCGACCCGCCUCGCGGCUCCCCGGAAGCGCACCCGACCUCUCGCGCAAUUUUCUCCCCUCGCCGCCGCUCCCCCAGCGUCUGCAUCCGCGACGUCCGAUUGCCUCCGCGCGCCGACCCUCGUCAUUUGUUUCCGGCGCCUCGCGACAAAGCAACCAGGUGCAGCCGCCAAUCUGCCCUGCAGUGCUGCUCGCUGGUCGGUCGGUCGACUGAUCGCCCCUCUCACGCCCAACGGCCACGCCGGCUUCUUCUCCAGCGCCCUCGCGUUGCUGGCCUUCCGCGGCGUACUCAGACCAUCUCUGCCCCGUGGCUCGUCCUGUCCUGGCACAUAAAUUUCUCCCCUCAACUCUGCCGACUGCCGAGCCAUCGCACACGCCGCCACCACCACGCAGCCUUGCCGCCGCCGCAGUCAUGGCCAUGAACCCCAACGUGGGCGCGGCCAACAUGAAUCCCAUGGGCGGCCCUGUCGGCGGUGCGCCAAUGCCCAUGAUGAAUAACGUCGCCAAUAACCCCCAGGCCGCUGCCGCUGCCGCCGCCGCCGCCGCGAGGCAGCAGCAGAUCAACGACAAUCAGCGCGGCGUCCUCAACACCUACAUCUACGAAUACUUUAUCCGAUACGGCAUGUUCGACUGCGCCCGCAGCCUGCUCAACAGCGAGUCGCAGGUCAACGUCCACAAGGAUGGUGCUAACCGACGCCGCGACGAGUCGGGCAACGCUGUCAACGGCGCCGACGACGCCAUGGACACCGAUAGCAAGGACGACAUCGAUGGCAAACUGCCCGACGACCUGCCGCCCCCGAAGCUGCCGAUGCCCGCCUCCGACUCGUCCUUUCUCUACGAGUGGUUCUGUCUAUUCUGGGACAUUUACAACGCCCAGCGCGCCAAGGGUGGCAAUGGGACCGUAAACCAAUACGUCGCCCACACACAGGUACGGCUCAUUCCCCUGGCCCGAUGCGUCCGCCAUGUCGUGAAAUCGUGUCGAGAUAUGCGUGCAUGUGUGUCGUGGACCCCAGACUGACUCGCCCCCUCCCCCUUGCGCAGCAACAGUCUCGGCUGAAGCAGACCCAGCAACAGGAACUGCUCCGUCAAAUGCGCCCCGGCAUGGAGAUGAGCCAAAUGACGCCCCAGCAGCAACAAUACAUGAUGCGGAACAUGCAGAACGGCAACAUGGCCAUGAAGCAGGGCAACCUCGCCCGCGCCGCCAUGGCCAACAACCAGAACCCACAAAUGAUUAUGCAGCAGGCCAAGCAGAACCAGAUGCAGCGUGACCCCUCCGGCAUGGAGAACCGCGACCGCCCCGCGUCCCCCGCGUCCGGCGACAACGCGCCUUCGCCGUCCAAGCGGCCACGUAUCGACGGCGCGCCCUUCAACCCCAAUCAGCCUGGCGCCAUGAUGAACGGCCGACCCGGCCAGGGCAUGCCCGGCCAGCAGCUGGCCAACAACCCCAACGCCGCUGCCGCGCACCAGAUGCUGACCGCGAACGGCAUCAACCCUAACUCCCUUAACCCGCAGCAGUUCCAGAACUUCGUCAACGCGCCUCCGGCUGCCCAGCAAAAGUCCAUCGCUACGUAUUCGCAGAACCUCCAGCAGCACCACGGGUCGCAGAUGGGAAAUAAGCAGAUGCCCAAUGCCGCCGGACCACAGGGCCAGGGCUCGCCGAUGAUGCCUCAGGCCCCUGACGGCACCGCUCUCAAUGCCUUCUACAACCCCGGCGAUAUCGGCCCUGGCGGCAUCCGAGCCGGUCCGGGCGCCCAGGGCCAGAACCCUGGCAGCAACCACGCCCUUCAGGACUACCAAAUGCAGCUGAUGCUUCUCGAGCAGCAGAACAAGAAGAGGCUCAUGAUGGCCCGCCAGGAGCAGGACAACAUGCCUGGCAUGCCCCGGGAGGGCGGCCCCGGCGGACCGGGAGGACCGGGCCCUGGCCCCAACGGACAACCGUUCCCCGACGCUUCUCCGCAGGCCAUGCGCACGGGAGCGUCGCCGAAUCCCGCCGAGCAGAUGAAACGUGGUACCCCUCAGAUGAACAACUCAGGCGUCCCCUCGCCGGUCCCCGAAGGUGGACAGUCGCGCGGCUCCCCCAACCCUGCGAUGAACUUUAUGGGCAACCACGUCGACCCCAACAUGGCGCCGCACUUCUUCAAGAACAUGGAGGGCAACAUGGCUGCAGCGCAGGCGCAAAUGAACGGCAUGCGGCCGCCGAGCUCGCACCCUGGACAGCCAUUCAACGGCCAGAUGAACCCGCAGCAGAUGAUGGCCGCCCGCCAGCAGCAACAACAGCAGCAGCAGCAAGGGCAGCCUCAGCAAGGCCAGCAGGGUGGUCCUCCCCAGCAGUGGCAGCAGGGACCCAAUGGCCAGAUGGUCCCUCAGGGCAUGCAGCAGCCGCAGCAGCAACCGCAGCAGAACCCGCAGGCCCAAGGUACCCCUCAGCAGCGGUCGAUGCCUCCUCCGUCAGCGCCAGCCACUGCCGGCGCGAACGCCAACAACCGCACGACUGCUUCGCCGCAGCAGCCUGCCGCGGCACCGCCGACGCCAAACCAGGGCAACAAGGCUGCGCCGAAGAAGAAGGAGAGCAAGUCUGCCAAGGACAAGCGAACUGCCGCGCAAAAGAAGGCCAGCCAGAACGCCUCAAACGCCGGUGCCACUCCCGCUGGCGAUGCUGGUGGCGACCAAGAGGCCCCCACACCAGCCACGCCCAUCACGCCCGUCAACCCUGGCUUCAAGAGUGGGCAGAGUGGCGCGGCAAACGCUCAGACGACAACGGCUGCGCCCGCGCAGGCCGCCGCGGCGCCCGCGCCCGCUUCUCAGGGUCCUUCCAUGCCUCCGCAAGGCCAGGGGGAUCCGAAUCAGAACAACGCCAUGGCUAUGGACAACUUUGGCACCAUGGUUGACUUUGGUUCCAUGGAAUUAGCUAACCCGCUGCAGUCGGGUGAUGUCCUGAACGAUUUCGACUUCGACUCGUUCCUCCAUGAGGACAACAACGAGCCGUUUGACUUCAACGGAGCGUUCACCGGCAUGGAGGGGGGCGAGAUUGGAGCAGAGUGAAAAUGAGCGUGCCAGGCGCGCGCGCGCACGCACUUGGGCGGCUUCCGUUUUUCUGUCACGGCGGGACAAGUCUUAAUCUGGCAUCAUUUGACAGGCGUUCAGUGGGGUCUUAUAUCAUGGCUUAUGCGGCGAUCAAGGGCUCAAGGGCCCGCGGGAGAUAUCGAACCCCAGCUUGAUGGGUUGAAAUGGGGGAAAAGGGUGCUUCCCAAUGUGCUUCUAACCUACUCAUCCGUUUCUUUCGUUGUGUGUUUGCUUGCUUUGUGCUCAAGCUCCCCCCCCCGGAAGGAUGACGUGCGGGGGGGAUGCGUAUGGUCGGUGGUGGGUGCCGGCGCACCAGAGUUGCCUGACGUUUUUGCCUGCUUGAUCUACUACCUAUACGCCGACAGCGGUCCCGAAUAUCAUACCACUUUGUAUUGCCGAUCCCCCGACGUUAGAUGUACGCUAUCUCCUUUGUUCUCUGUGCGGCUUAUUUUCUCUCUAUUUCUCUUUCUCUAUCUUGCUCUGGUAUGGAUCUGGCCGGGGGCUGGUUUAGUUACGUCUCAAAGGUCAGCGAACUUUCCGUUUCGGCUCAAUGAUUCUAAGACAUGUCAAAAAGUCGUGGUGAGACCUUUGCCCCCGCGACUGCCACCCACGAGGGUGACGACAGGCAGACGCGGGGCAAUAAUACGUAGUACGUAUGGGUGAAGCUAGUAACUUAGUAUAUACAUACCCUAGCAGCCGUUGAAGAGGGAGGGAGCGCGGGUGCGCUGCGCGCCAAUGGGCUUUGCUGGUGGGAUGUGAGACAGCACCCCUUUUUCUUCCCCCUUCCAAUGGCUUGACUUUGUUUCAAGGAUGAUGACUGGGGUUGAACAUUGGGAAAGGCAGGGUGCAAGUUUGCCUCUCACACUCAGCUACGGGCUGGUCGAAUCGUGCUGCUAGAUCGCAAACGAGGCUGCAUCGGCUUGAGAUUGAUUGGGCAAGACAACAGGGGAGUCUGCCUCGCGCGCUGUGUAAAAAGCUUUGUGCGUUUGGCUCAGGGGAUAUCGGACGAUGAAGGGUAUGGCAGGUUGCUUGGUUGCUUGGUAAUUUGGUCGUCAAUGUGUUUGGGUUGGGUGCAGGAGAAUGGCCCCUAUUGCUGACUUGCAGUGUUCGGGAAGCAAACGUGCAACACUAGUCGGUCAGCCCUGCCUUUCAGCUGUACGAAGUAGUUGUAGUCAACGGUAUUGUGGAC